AUGGCUACCCCUAGUGUCCUCGCUUUUGACGCUGAGGGUCGGGCCAUUGACUUUGACGUCUGGGUAGAUGACAUGCAGCUUUUCCUACAGUGCGAUAGGGCAGACGGUCUCUCCCUCUUUGACCUCACUUCUGGUGCCUCUCCUACCCGUGCUGCUGAUGCUGACGCCACUUACAAGAGUGCGCAGACCUUGUACAACGCUGUAGUUGCACGCUACUCCUCCCCUGCCACUGCUGCACUGAGCCGCCUCAUGCUACCGUACCUCUUCCCUGACCUUGCUUCCUUUCCCACUCUCAUUGACCUCAUUACGCACCUCCGCACUAGUGACACUCGCUACCGCGCUGCACUUCCUGCUGAGUUCUGCGCCAAGAACCCCCCUCCCCCCAUGUACAUCACCCUCUACUACAUAGUCACCCGGCUCCCUGACUCUCUCCGCGUAGUAAGAGACCACUUCCUCUCAGUUUGCCCCACCACUCUCACCGUUGACCUCCUCGAGAAGGCCCUCCUAGCGGCAGAGAAGAGCAUAGUCGCUGUAGGAGCCUCUCGUGGUGACCCUUGCACCUCCGUCUUUGAGGGGUGUUCCCCCCCCCCCCUUUUGCCCUCUGUUGCCUCUGCAGCUGCGGCCGACCUCAUUGGUCUCGAGUCGGUUGGCCCCUUUUUUUUUGGGCUUUUAGGAGAUCCCCGGAGGAAACCAACCCUCCGUAGGGAGAAGGCGCUUCGGUGA